UAUUUCGCAGCGCAGAGCUCAAAGUUUUGGUGUUGCAAAACACACAUGUAUUUGUAUAUAUAUCUUAGUUAGCUAUAUGCAGAAACCAAGUUGCCGAUGCUUGUUCAAAUAAACGGCCAUUGACCGGCUAUACCAUGAAAAAUACCUAACGCCGGAGUGCAUUUCUAUAUCCCUGGGGCCGGCGUAUGUUUUAUAAUCAUGGCAUGGACGGGUUAUCAGAUAUUUAUGGCCCUGCUGUUAGUUACUACAGGAACGGUGAACACCAUCUCGACUAAGUGGGCGGACAAAAUAGAAGCCCCAGGCAAGAAUGGCCAUGUGCAUCUGUUCAACCAUCCAUUUCUCCAGGCAUGCUUCAUGUUUAUCGGGGAGUUCUCCUGCAUGCUCGUCUAUAGACUAUUCCUCUGGUGUCAAAGACGCGGCACAGGGCCACCACCCGCACCAACACAGAACUUCCCCGCAAUCAUCUUCUUCCUGCCAGCACUGUGUGACAUGAGUGCAACCUCCGUGAUGUACCUGGGACUUAACUAUACGUACGCCUCAAGUUAUCAGAUGCUGAGGGGGUCUGUGAUCGUAUUUACUGGACUGCUGUCAGUGGCAUUCCUGCGGCGAGUACUCGUUUUCUACCAGUGGUCUGGCAUUAGUUUCAUCGUCUGCGGUCUGCUAUUGGUGGGGUUGGCGGAUAUUCUAUUUGCCAGUGUGGGUUCGGCGUAUGAUACAAACAGCAUCAUAACAGGGGAUUUGUUGAUAGUGAUAGCUCAAGUGUUUGCAGCCUCGCAGUUCGUGCUGGAGGAAAAGUUUCUCUACAAGCACAAUGUACCACCGUUGCUUGCUGUUGGCUGGGAAGGUUUGUUUGGAUUUUUCACACUUUCUCUCCUUCUGAUUCCCAUGUACUUCAUUCCUGCGGGAAGCCUCAGUGGAAAUCCGGAGGGAAGGCUCGAGGAUGCGAUCGACGGACUUAUCCAGAUCUCCAACUCCUGGGAGAUCGCACUCGCUGUUCUACUGAAUCUGCUCAGCAUUGCGUUCUUCAACUUUGCCGGGAUCAGCGUGACGAUGGAGUUCAGCGCGACGACGCGCAUGGUUCUCGAUAGCCUGCGUACGCUGCUCAUCUGGGCCAUGUCUCUCGCCCUCGGCUGGCAGAGCUUCCAGUACUUACAGAUUAUCGGCUUUAUUCUACUCAUCAUGGGCACUUUUGUCUAUAACGAUGUCAUAUUCCGGCCAUUCUUAAAAAAACAUUGUUGCCGUGGUGAGGAGCAUCCACAGAGUGAGAUUGAGCACAGCAACGCCAAUGAAACAUCUCCACUGAUAUCUGGUAAUCCUGCUCCUUUGUAUGACAAAGCAUUGUCGGAAUGAUGUGAGAGAGAAGCCAAGCAUGUGUGCCUGUAUGUGCCAACAAUUAAGUCGUGGCAGGUUUUGCAUGCGUAGAUUAUUCUGUUGUCGGGCAAAAUUCUUUAGCAUAGUGGCAUUGUGGUGUUUACCAUUGAUGGCUUAAUUGAGUUCAUUUAGGAAUGAAGCAGUUUUAAGAUAUACUCUCGACUGAGAUAACAAUUCUACCAGUAAUUCUAUAUAGUCUUAUUUCCCCGGACCUUGUCGCCUGAAUGUAUAGGUAUCUUAAAAAACGGUUCUAUUCUGGAAUUUUACAAGCAGUUUGUAAGACAAAGAGGAAUGCUUGGCCUGUCAGGGUUAAGAAAUAAUACAAAUUCAUCAGUCUUGGCUAA